GAGGAGGAGGAGGAGCUGGCUAUAAAGCAGGGCAGGAAGAAGCGGCCGGUGCAGGAGGCCAGGUUUGACUACUACAGCUUGGAUCAGGACAGAGAGGGGGAUGAUGACACUGAGCUCACGGAGGAUGAGCUGUCUAACAUCAUAGAAAUCUACGACUUCCCCACAGAGUUUAAGACUGAAGACCUGGUCAAAUCCUUCCAGGCCUACCAGCAGAGAGGCUUUGACAUCCAGUUUGUGGACGAUACACACGCCCUGGCUCUCUUCAACAGCCCCAUAGCAGCUCGGGAGGCUCUGAGGACCAAACACCCGCUGUUGAAGGUCAGGUCUCUGGCUAAAGCCUCCGUCACCACCAGGGCCAAGGCUCGCAGCUGCUCAGACUACCUGCUCCCUACUAAGGAGCGUCCCCAGACCAGUGCAGUGUUGGCCCGCAGGCUGGUGAUGGGGGCGCUGGGCGUCAAGAGUCCCCAGAGCAAAGAGCACCGUGAAGCAGAGAGAAAGAAACUGCAAGAUGCCAGAGGUACGUGAUUUCAAGGGGCAAUCUG